CUGCUAAGUUCACAUUGGUGUGCUCUCAAAACAAAUAGUGUGCUCGCGUCGUGCGAUUCUUUGUUUAUCACCAAAAAAAAAAACAUUCAUCACACGAAAGUUUUCAUUGAACGGCAUAACCGCGUGCACAGUUUUUGUUUAACUGUAUUAAAGUCCAUAUUUCACAAGAUAAAUCGUACCGUCGCCGCAAUGGAAGUCGAUCGCAUCGCUUCCGACUCUGAAAACGUGGCGAUGGACGAAAAGCCGGUCGUAGAGCAGGGCGCCGGAGACGCUGCGACGUCCAAUCCCGAGCGAUUACGUCGCAAGAACAAGAAAUACGCUCGUUCUAACAGCAAGGACGGGCCGAGCGCUGUGACGCCGCUCCCGAAAUAUCGUAGCUGGAAGAACAGCCGAAGACCACGCAAUGGCCACGGCAGGGGGUUACCGAAGAAAGGUGGGGCGGGAGGCAAAGGCGUGUGGGGUCUGCCAGGAUCUGAGAUGCUCGAGGAGUACGUGGAGGACCAGAACGAUCCGAACUACGAUUCGGAGGCGGUCACCAACGGCGACAUCGAAUUCAAGCAGGUCAUAGUCGAAGCGGAGCCCGAGGAUAUUAUCCGUAAAUCGGAGCCUGUGAUAUUAGAGUAUUUCGAGCAUGGAGACACGAACGCGGCCGCCGAGGAGUUCCUAGACUUUGUGACGGCGGCGAGGAGUCAUUUAGUGUGCGAGACAAUUGUGGAGAUAGCGUUGGAUCACAAGGCGAUGCACUGCGAAAUGGCCUCGGUCCUCAUAUCCGAUCUGUAUGGAAGAGUUUUUUCAGCCAAAGACAUCGGCUACGCGUUCGAGCGUCUGCUGGAGAAGCUGCCGGACCUGGUGCUGGACACGCCGGACGCGGCGCUGCUGCUGUCCAACUUCAUAGCGCGCUGCGUGGCCGACGACUGCCUGCCGCCGCGCUUCGUGCAGGCGCAGGCCGCCGCCGCGCUCUCCGCGCCCGCCAGACAAGCUAUACACAGAGCUGAGACUCUACUAUCUAUGAAGCAAGGGCUAGUGAGGCUGGACAACAUAUGGGGCGUCGGCGGAGGUAUCAGGCCGGUCAAGUCUCUGAUCCGUCAGAUCCAAUUGCUGCUGAAAGAGUACCUGACGUCAGGCGAGCUCGCGGAGGCGAUGCGCUGCGUGCGCGAGCUGGAGGUUCCUCACUUCCACCACGAGCUGGUGUACGAGACAAUACUCCUGGCUUUGGAGACCAUAAAUUCUGGUGUUGAAGAACAGCUUUGUACUUUCCUGGCUGAGUUGCGGAGGUGCUGUAUAGUCACGCCCGACCAAAUGGACAGGGGCUUCAUCCGCGUGCUCGAGGAUAUGAAUGAUAUCGUCCUGGACGUGCCUCUCGCUUACAUCAUGCUGGACAGGUUCUUGGAGCGGUGCCAGACGAGGUUCAGGCUCGGGGACAACGUGCUGAAGCGUGUGCCGACGAGAGGUCGCAAGCGCUUCGUGUCCGAAGGAGACGGGGGCGCCAUCAAGGAUCACGCGCUGAAGCUGCGCGAGUGAAUGCGCGGACGCCUGCCGACACACAGACACCGGACACCCCUGGAGGCCGCGCCCCCCGCCCCCCUGCCCCCGCCGCCGCCCCCCGGGGACCGCACGGUUGCGAGAGUGCCUUACGACGCGCGGGCGCGGUGACGUCACAGCGGCUACAUACAGCGUGUGUUUUUUGUUUCUCUAACGGACAAUAAAUUACACAGUGUCGGAAUUUAUUUGCGAGACGAUAGUCAUCGUCACUAUCCGUGUAUGAAUCGCGUUGUAAAGUUGUAAUGGAUAGUGCGAUACAGGGUGUUUCGGGACGAUGCGCGGGCUCGGUGACGUCACAACGGCUACAUACAGCGUGUGUUUUUUCUUUUUGUUUUAAUUGACAAUAAAAUUAAUUAUCACUGACUUUGUUUGUGAGACAAUGCUUCAUCUGAAUCUACUGUCUGUGUAAGAAUCGCGUUGUAAAGUUGAAGCAGGUUACAUUAUACAGGAUGCGCAGGGAAUUUUGGUCUGAAGGUAGACGCCUGAACUUCACAAGUGGAUUCGGUUGGAAUUUAACAGAGAUCGCGUCAGUCUGAUGUCCACGGGCCGCUGUAGUGAUGGCGCGCCGGGCUCGUUCGUCCGAACUGAGUAUCGAUAAAAGACAAAAAUAAAAAAAAAUGAUAACCAUUGAGCAAUAAUUUUUUAAUAAUCAAAACUAGAUCCGAUCUUCUGUCCGUAUUAGUCUUGUAAUGGCAUUUGAGUAUAUAAUAAUAUCGACGCUUGAAAGGCAAACGUGACAAAGCGACAAUGCGUGAACUUUACAGUAGACUAAUUUAAUUAAUUAAUUAAAUUA